AUGGAUAACCAAGUGGGAAUUGAUUUACAAGAUUUGUCUGUACAUGGGAGUUGGUUCAAAAAGUCUCCAAUAUCCAUGAUUAAGGAAAUUGCGGAUAAAAUGUGUAUUCCUUGUCAGUUUGACCUCUUAGAAAAUUACGAUCUAACAUCAAACAUUGGAUUUAAGUAUAGAUUAACUGUAGGUGGCUAUCAAAUUGUAGCUGAUGGACCAUCUAAAAAGAGUGCUAAAAAUCAAGUAGCAUUAAAUAUGCUUAAACUAAUUAAGAAACAUAAUCCACUUUUAUCUGAAAAUGAAUUCAAGCAAAUUGAUUUUGAAAACCAAGAUGAUGUUUGUAACAAGAUUAGA